CCUAACCACCCUCGGCCAGGACUUACGACCCAUCUUGCCACCACCAUGACACCUGUGUCACUUUUUCAGCUCCUGCUGGUGCUCAGCCUAGCACCUCAGCCGGUGCCUGGAAGUCCCAAGCAAUACUUUCUGAAGUAUAUCUUUGAACCUCCACCCUGCAGAUCAGAGCCCGAAGACUGCAGCACAUUCUGUACACAGCAGGAGGAAUGCCUCCACACUCUUCAAUGCUGUUCAGCCUACUGUGGGAUAGUGUGUGCUUCAAACCAAGCCCCAGUACUUGGGGUCUCCUGAGGGUCUCCUCUCCCAGCCCUGGCACCGGAGCCACUGGCAGAGGCUGACAGCUGAGCCUCCUGCCCAUGAGUGUGACGGGUCUUCUUUCCUUUGCCUUUCAUCUCGUUGGUUUUGCCAUAUUGCCCACCUCGUCUCUGCCUUUACCAAGAAUGAUUUCCACAGAACUCCUAAUUAAAAGGGCAUCCUCAAAUCUCAUC